UCAGCUCGGCCUCCCGAGGAGCCUCUCUGCCUACACCGGGCAUCCCGGGCCCAGCCUGCCAGCCGCCAUGAGGAUUCUCUCCUUCCUGCUGAUUCUGGGCGUGCUCUUCUCCCACCUGGCCCCAGGUGCUGGCUACCUUACAGGUUUCGGCCAGAGGUCAGACCACUACGUCUGUGCCAGGAGAGGAGGCACCUGUAACUUUUCCCCGUGCCCGCUCUUCACCAGGGUGGACGGCACCUGUUACGGCGGGAAGGCCAAGUGCUGCAUGCGUUGACUCUGAGCCCGGUGCGAUGGAGAAAGGAUGGGGAAGUCCAAUGAAGUAUUUGUAACCACUGUUUUAAUAAAAGAAGAUCUUUUUUUAAGCAUA